AUGUUCGCGACGCGCGCAUUCCGUUGCCAGCCGUCGUCGAAAUAUCGCAUCAAAAAGACGAGAGACCAGUUGCGUUGCCAUCAAAACUACAGACGACGACGACGACAAAAAUGUACGCCGCAGGCAGAGGUGCGAUGCGACUGCUGAUGGUGGCCGCGUUCGUGGUGGCCGUGGCGGGCGUCGCGCGGCGGCCACGGCAGCCGCGGAGCAAGGCGACCAGGGUGUACCGGCCGAACAUGGACGCGAGGAAGCUGCUCAAGCAUGUGAUGAUGCUCGAGGAAGAGUGGACGGACGUGCUGCGUGAACACAUCAAGCUGCUGGGCGAGCCACCGCACAUGGGACGAGAGCUCGCCGGGCCGCAUGUGGGGCCAGGGCCGGACCCGACCAAAAAAUGGAGCGAGGAGACGGUCUUGUACGACGUGCGCGCAAUCGUGGCCACGGUGACCACAUAUUACAGCAACAUCCGGUCGUUCGUCGAGUACGGUGCCAAGGCCGUGCGCCGGGCGCUGGCGUGCUACACGUUCAAGCAGGUGUUCUACCAGUCGUACAGCAUUUCAAUGUUGAUGGACAAGGAAGCCGAGGAGAACAUCGUGAUAGAAACGGCCAACGCGUUCAAGAAGAACACCGUCUCGUUCGUCGACAUUCUGUCCGCCGUGCACGACGCCGACCUGACCGUCCUGUUGCACGCCUACUGGGAGUCGAUCAAGCUGUUACAGUACGACGGCAUUCAACGCUUGGAAAAACUGCCGUAUCCGAAGGCGUUGGUGAAAAGCAUUAAAGAUUUGACCAGAAAGGCCGAAAUUUUCAUGUCCACAUAUUGUAUACCGUACUCGGACGUAGACGUUUUCUUCCAGAGGACAGGCAUCCGGCCGAAGACCCCGCUGAUCAAGGACCCCUCAAUCGAGACGAUAAUGUCGAUAGAACAAAUAGCCGAAAUGUUCCGCGACCAAGCGCAGCACAUGGCCCGGACCGCCCGUCGCCUGGGAAUUGUCACCAUGCCCGCUCACCAGUGGUCGUCGCUGUUCUACUACCGCGGGCGCCCGUGGCCGGACAGCACUUACCUGGACGUGGCCGCCCCGACCGCGGGUGAAGCCGGCCCCAGUGAAGCUGGCCAGAGUUAAGCACGUCUCGUCGUCCGGAAGACGCGCCACCACCGAACGGUAGACACCUGAUGAACGUACAGACACACACGAUGGAGUUAUUAUAACGAUAUAAAAUAUUAUAUAAUUAUCAUUGUUAACUUAUAGUGUUUAGGUAAUAUAUUAUUAAAUUUUUAAAUCCUUAUCGGCUCAUGUUUGUCCACUUUCAAUCAAUAUCAAUAUUUAAAUAAUAUUUUACAAUAUAGUAUACGUAUAAAAUAAUAU